CUCUCUCUCUCUCUCUCUCUCUCCUUUCCUUCCGCUCUCCCGCCUUCUGUCCUCGGUUCAGACCAUCGUCCGCCUUUUCACUGAGCUUAAAUAAUUUAAUCGGUUGAAGAGUGCUUGUUUGGUUGCUGAGAAAAUCCUGCUUCCUUUCUGGUGCAUCAGAUUGAGACAAAUACAAAGAAAGGAAUCUCUAUCUAUAGAGCUCCAGAUUUCCAGGGUGCGAACUCGGAAACCGGAUCAUCAUGGCGCCAUUGCCGGCGGAACCUGACGAGUCACCUGCCGGUGGCCUUGAGUCGCAGCGAUCUUUACCUACUCCGUUUCUCACCAAAACUUAUCAACUCGUCGACGAUCCUUCCGUGGAUGACUUGAUUUCCUGGAACGAGGAUGGAUCCACCUUUGUUGUGUGGCGGCCUGCAGAAUUCGCCAGAGAUUUGCUUCCUAAAUAUUUCAAGCACAAUAAUUUUUCAAGCUUUGUUCGUCAGCUCAACACUUACGGAUUUAGAAAGCUAGUACCGGAUCGAUGGGAAUUUGCGAAUGACUGCUUCAGGAGAGGCGAGAAAGGACUCCUCAUCGAUAUACAGCGCCGUAAGGUUCCCCCCGUAGCGCCGGCUGCCGUGGCUCUGACAGUGGCAGCCGUGCCGGUAGUCCAAGCGGUAGCGCGUACGUUGUCCCCAUCGAACUCCGGUGACGAGCAGGUCAUCUCGUCCAACUCAUCUCCCAGUCAUGCGGUUACGCUUCAACGCACUACGAGCUGCAGUACUACGCCGGAGCUCCUAGAAGACAAUGAGAGGCUAAGGAAAGAGAACAUGCAGCUGAGUCAGGAGUUGACUCGGUUGAGGGGAUUAUGCAAUAAUAUCUUUGCUUUGAUGACAAAUUACGCAUCAGGUCAGAUAGAGAGCAUGAAUUCGAAUAUGCCGGAGGGAAAACCGCUGGAUCUUUUGCCCGCGAAGAGUCCGGUAGGCGUCGCUGAUGACGGUGGAUCACAGGAAUCGCCGACGGAGGAGGCGGAGGAUGUGACGCCAAAACUGUUUGGGGUUUCCAUAGGGGUGAAGCGCGUGAGGAGGGAGGAGCAGGAGGAGGAGGAAGAGGAGAAGAAUCAGGCGCAGCAGGAGGAGAAGGAGCUAGGUUCUGACGGGAAAGCUGAGCCGUCUGAUCGGAAGGAUGAUAAUCAAGAUCAUACGUGGCUAGAGCUAGGCAAAUAAGAAUAUCAAAGAAGACAGAUGGACGGACGAUGAUCAGGAAUUAUGGGAUGUGGGACCCAAUGAGGGGCGGAGCAUCACGUGGAGCGGAUUCGGAAGAAUCACGCGCUUGUGAACAAACACGUGGCAGCAGAGAACCACAAAAGGAGGGGUGGGAGAACGGCGAUUGAGUUGGGCUUCAUGAAUGUGCAAUUGCAGGGCCGAAAAUUAAUGAUUUUCAAGCCUUCAACAAAAUUCAAUAGCCCAACCAAGUUGCUAAUUUGGGCUAAUUCGCCAAUAAUGCCACCUCCAUGGGCCAGUACUGUUUCCCCAACCCAAAAGGGAAGAAUGAAUUUUUUUUAUGAGGAUGUUUUCCUCCAUUUUUCUAUGGAAGAAUUGUUAACAAGUUCCUCAUGUUGUUUAACUGUCACAGCAUGAGAAUUGCAUGUUUGAUUUCAUCAGUUCACAGUUUGGUAAGGAAAGCUUUGAAGAUUUCUUUGCCCUUAUUAUCGUGUUUGACAGGGAAUAAAAUGAAACGAAAUUC